CUUCUCCCCUUCAGUCUUGCACAGGUGUACCGGCUCCUCCCCUCCAGUCUUGCACAGGUGUACCGGCUCCUGCACCCUCCAGUCUUGCACAGGUGUACAGGCUCCUCCCCUCCAGUCUUGCACAGGUGUACCGGCUCCUCCCCUUCAAUCCUGCACAGGUGUACAGGCUCCUCCCCUUCAAUCCUGCACAGGUGUACCGGCUCCUCCCCUUCAAUCCUGCACAGGUGUAACGGCUCCUCCCCUUCACUCUUGCACAGGUCUACCGGCUCCUCCCCUUCACUCUUGCACAGGUGUGUACUGGUACUCCUCCCCCCUUCAGUCUUGCACAGGUGUACCGGCUCUUCCCCUUCAGUCUUGCACAGGUCUACCGGCUCCUCCCCUUCACUCUUGCACAGGUGUACCGGCUCCUCCCCUUCAGUCUUGCACAGGUGUACCGGCUCCUCCCCUUCAGUCUCGCACAGGUGUACCGGCUCCUCCCCUUCAGUCUUGCACAGGUACAGCAGCUCCUCCCCU